AGAUGUUUGAACUGUUGUAUGGCAAUGACCAAAAAGAUACGGAGAAGAUAUGGAUCGGCUUAGUUCAGGUGGAUGCUCACAUCGAUUUACUUUGACUGCAUUGUGUUGAUUUUUUUUUUUUUUUAAGGGAAGGUAGUCUUUUCAGCUUUGUAGGGAUAUUUAGAAUGUUAAUCGAUGUAGAACAUGCCAUCAUCGAGAAUGUGUUUAGUAAUCAAAUCCAUCUCUUCAGCCAUUGGCUUUGGAGUUUUGAUUCAUUGCAGAGAAGUUGAGAACAGCUUAUGUUGAGCAUGAUUUGAUCUUUCUUUUGUCAUAAUUUUCCAGCUUGUUGGCAUGUUUAUUGAACUCAAUAAAUCAUGUAUAAGAUUUAUUCAUUCCUCAUAUCUAAUGCCCAAAUUGCAAUUCUCUCACCAAGCAUUCUUCAUCAUAAUUCUCUUCCCCUUGAUGGAGUAGAUUCAAGACAGACUGUUGAGCAGCCAAUAGCAACCAUUCAAGCUGAGGAAAGAACAUGAUGGUAGAUGGUCACUCAUCAUCCAUAUAUAAAAGUUCUUAUGGUAGAGAAUCAUGCGUGAAACUUUUGCAGUCUGUGACUAAAAGUUCAUGAAUUAAGCAGUAUGAAUAAAUGAAUCCCUCAUCUCAUAUCAUCAUCCUUACAUUUUGCGAAUGCUAGAAAUUUUCACUGUUCCAACACCUGCCUGUGGACAAAUAGUAUCCUUCUGAAAGCAACCUCAAAAAAUCCCCACCAAAAAAGCCCUGUUUGAUUGGUCCAUGUUGGUGGUGAUCCACUUCGACUUCACCUUCGAUGGAGGCGAGCCACCGUUGCCUCCAUCACCCCUCUUCUUCCUCAGGCGGACAAUCACCGCCUCCUCUCGUCAGCAACUGUAGCUUCAAGCAAAGAUCAGAUGCUUCCAGCUGCUUGCUUGCUUGCUUACUUGCUCUCAUUUCAUAUGAGAGGCUGCUUUUUUGCGCGGGAAAUGGAGGAGGUUUCAUCGGCUCCUCCCGCGGCAAUCUCGGAGUUCGUUCGUUGGCAGAACGGACGUCGAUGAUAACGAGAAGAAAAGAACCGUAAAGAUCCUAUCUUUGAAGAUAAAUAUCUCAUCUUUGCUAUCUUUGGGGAGGGGGGGAUCUCACCGUUCUUGAAUCCCCUGUCCGUCCUAUUCUUUCUCCGGUUCUUGUGCCUUCUUCCCCAGUUAAUCUCGCCAGAGGAAGGCGAUACGCGGGAGGGACCUAAUCAUCACUGCGGAGGAGAAAGAGAAGCGAAGGUAAUAAAGAUCCCACUUUUCUAUCUUUAGUUAGAACCUCUCGGGGUUCUCCUUUGCCUCCUGUUCUUCUUCCCUUUCUCGGUUCCCUUCCCCAUCUCUCCAAGUGGGUGUUUCUCCCUUCCUCGGGAGGUAAUUCCUCCACCUGGAUUCCCCGAUUGCACGCCGGCAGCCGGCCGAUCGUAGGCCGUGAUGGGUUGCGUAGCGUCGAAGAACGCGGCCCCUCUUACGCCGGCAUUUGUCUCCUCGGGCGUCUCGGGAACCCUCGAGACCUCGGGAGAGUUCCAAUCUUCGCCGUCGUUCUGGAACCGCCCUCAGCUUGCCAACUAUGAGUUCGGUGACUGUAGCGAGUCAGGGGAGUCUGGGAAAAUGAGCUCCUCCGGCAACAGCUCCGUUAGCUUUCGGCUGUGGAACUUGAAUCGGAGCAGCGAAGGGGAGCAGAUUGCCGCGGGAUGGCCUGCGUGGCUCAGCGCCGUCGCCGGGGAAGCCAUUCAGGGAUGGGUGCCCCUCAAAGCUGACUCCUUCGAGAAAUUGGAGAAGAUCGGGCAAGGUACCUAUAGCAGUGUGUUUAGAGCAUGUGAGAUCGAGACAGGGAGGAUUGUUGCCCUGAAGAAGGUGCGCUUCGACAAUUUUGAUCCUGAGAAUGUUAGGUUUAUGGCAAGGGAGAUACAGAUCCUCCGCAGGCUUGAUCAUCCAAAUGUCAUAAAACUGGAGGGCUUAAUUACUUCUCGGUUGUCGUGCAGUAUAUAUCUUGUUUUAGAAUACAUGGAGCAUGAUCUUGCAGGGUUGUCAUCUUGUCCUGACAUCAAACUCAGUGAACCACAGGUCAAAUGCUAUAUGCACCAAUUGCUAUCUGGACUACAACAGUGUCAUUCACAUGGUGUCAUACACCGCGACAUCAAAUGCGCAAAUCUUUUGGUUAACAAUGAGGGAAUUCUGAAGAUUGCUGAUUUUGGUUUGGCAAACAUCUUGGAUCCUAAGGAUAAGCAACCACUAACCAGUCGAGUUGUGACGUUAUGGUAUCGGCCACCUGAGCUUCUCCUGGGAUCAACAGACUACGAGCCAUCCGUAGAUCUGUGGAGCGUUGGAUGUGUAUUUGCAGAACUUUUCUUUGGGGAGCCUAUCUUGCAAGGAAGAACUGAGGUUGAGCAACUACAUAAAAUCUUUAAGCUCUGUGGCUCUCCACCGGAAGAAUUUUGGAACAAAUCCAGCCUGCCCCGUGAAACUAUUUUUAAGCCUCAUCCUUAUGAAAAUUGCAUCCGAGAGACAUUUCGCUUUUUACCAGAUAGUGCAUUUAAGUUGCUACAGACACUUCUAUCUAUUGAGCCCAAUAAACGUGGCACAGCUUCUACUGCUCUUACUUCUGAGUACUUCAGGACAAAGCCUUAUGCAUGUGAUCCAUCCAGCUUGCCAAAAUACCAGCCUAACAAAGAAAUCGAUGCAAAGUUUCGGGAGGAGUCACAAAGGAGGAUUGUCAAGAGCAGAUCACACAUUGUAGAGGCCACAAGAAAACCUUCAAGAGCACUUAAGCCUUCACGAGAAUCAAAUGCCCUAGCAAAGAUAGCAUCUCACAAAGAGGGUUCAAGAAAUGCUCAAGGAAUGAAUAGAAGUGGCAAAAAAAGAAAGAUUCCAGUAGCAAAUGAUAAUAAAAGAUUAUUGGUUGAUCUGCAGCCGACGCCAAGUCUUACAUUUCGAGAUGAGGGUAGACAUGUCAAGCAAAUCCCUCAAAGAGGUCUUCCUUCCUCAGGGCUGCUGGACGUUUCUGCCUCUACCAGCUUUGCACGGACAAAGAGACCAAAAGAAGACCAACGACACAUCAAAUCUCAUGCUGGAUCCAGAUCUAGACAGGUCGAAUUGGAAAAGUUUAACCCAUCAAAUGUUUCACAGGCUAAAAGUACUUUCAAGUUAAAUGGAGUAGGAAAUGGAGAUCUUCAACAUGUACCCUAUUCCAGCUCAAAAGGCCAUAAGCCCUAUGAGUUGACAAGAAAUGCAACGCUGAAGCAUUGGAUACCUCCAGACUUUCAGGACUCAGUAUAUUCUUUGAGCGCCCAUCCUUCUCAAGAUUUGUCAGAAGGAGCAGUAAUGCCUAGGAACAGGAGCUUGGGUUAUCGAGAAGAAAAAGUAGAUCUGUCAGGGCCUCUACUCCUCCAAUCACAAAGGGUUGAUGAAUUUCUAGAGAAGCACGAAUGGAAAAUCCACAAAGCUGUUCGAAAGUCAUGGUUCCAAAGAGGGAAAAAACAGGGACGCUAAGAAUUGGCUGCGGUGUUGCUUUUUAUCAGAAGAGAUGGGCGCCUCCAGUAUCACCAGCAAGAUUUCCUUGGAAGCGUACGACGGACAAAGAUCAAAUCAGAUUCGGGUUAAGUGAUACGCUGGUAACUGAAUUCAGGGCUUGAUCUUUUCCGACACUGAUCCCGCUGGGAUUUUCGACUUAAGAUGUUUAAUGAGCACGAAAGCUUUUAACACAAAACGAGUCAUGUUCUUAUGAUUUGCGGCUAAAUUGAGAUUGCAGAAAUCGACUUGUAGGGACUUUUAGUGCUUUAAAGAAAGGCCUGCGUGCAGGUGAAGAAUCUGUAAAGAUAGUGUACAUAAACAUCGAUGGUUCAAAUUUUCCUUUCAGAAUGAAUGGAUA